AUGGCUGCCGAAAUCAGAAAUAUCCCUUUCCACAAGCCCGACGCUUAUAGAGCCUCGCCUACCUCGCAAUCAUUCGAUGAGCCACUGAGACCAGGCAGUUCCCAUAUCCGAACUAUCAAGGCACAAAAGGAGUCCAGAGAGCCUCUGGAAUUUCCAGAACGCGUGAGCAAAGAAUAUCGUACGCGCACAGAGAUCGACUCCCCAAGAGAUUCAUCGGACAACCCCGCUCCUUCCACCUUUGGUUCCGAACCCUUCUCUCAAGCCGACUCCGCAUCGACCUAUCAGACCUCAAUAGGGACCCCUCUCCUGCCACUUCAGCAGAAAGGCCAAGAUGAACGUGAUCACCUCGAGCCCUUGGGCGAAGAAGACAUAGAUCCAGGGUCAUUCGACCUGGUAGCUCCUCCCGAUGUUGGGCCUACUCAAUACUCGCUUGAAACGCGAUCCGAACAGCUCUUUUCAACCGAACAUCUACAAGUAAUAUUCAAUGACCCAUCCCUCUUACUACGAUUCUCGGCUUUUUUAAGCGCUAGUAGAGCUUCUUCGGUUCCAAUCCUCGUAUAUUAUCUUGAUGCAAUCAAAGCUCUGAAAGCUAUUAGCUAUUCAAAUGCAAUCGCAGAGGCAUUGGAACCUAUCGAUGGUUUUGACUUCACGUCCAGCACUGCGAAGUCGACCUUGAAUGAAGAUUUGGAGCAAAAGGCUAAGCAGGCCUUCGAUGCAAUGGUCCGCGAGGACCUGCCGGCAUAUAUUGCACACUUGUAUAUUCAAACCGUCAGCGUGUCAAUACAAAAGAGGAUCACAGGCACACUACCUCCGCAUCUAAGAGAAGCAUCGGAGGGACUUGCGGAGGUGUUCUGCUUGACUGAUCCUUCGAGGCCUGAUAAUCCUAUUGUGUUUGCUUCUGAAGCUACUUACAUAUUGCCAGAAUUUCAUCGCACCACACAAUAUGGCAUGUCUUAUGUAAUUGGCCGCAACUGCCGGUUCCUUCAAGGACCAAAAACCAGUCAGCAUAGCGUCAGAAGGUUGAGGGACACGCUUUUAGCUGGCAAAGAACAUUAUGAGGUAUUCUUGAACUAUGAUAUAAGCCGACGGGAUGGAUCACCAUUCAUGAACUUGUUGAUGAUGGCUCCUCUGUGCGACAGUCGGGGAACAAUCAGAUAUUUUAUUGGGGCGCAGGUCGACGUAUCUGGUCUGGUCAAAGAGUGCUCCGAUAUGGAGUCACUUCACCGUCUCGUGAUCCAAUCCGACAACGACGAAGAAAUGAAGAGAAAGGGUGAAUUGCCUGUGGAAUCUCCUAAGGACGAAUUUCAAGAGUUGAGCGGCAUGCUGAACUUGCAGGAACUGAACACCGUUCGAAGAUUUGGCGGGAAAAUGCACAAAGAAACCGAGGAAGAACACCUGGACACAAGCCCCCUAGCCGCAAAUUGGAACAAGCCUAGACUGCUCAUCAACGACAGCCCUGAUGCUUCCAAGGUUUAUAGUCCGAGGUCUCGUGUCAGCGGCAAGCUCACCGGCAUUUACGAGAACUACCUACUUGUCCGACCGUACCCAAGCUUAAGAAUCCUGUUCGCGAGUCCUACUCUUCGUGUUCCAGGCAUUCUGCAGAGCCCAUUCAUGGCUAGAAUCGGGGGUUCGAACAGAGUUCGAGACGAGCUGACUCAAGCAUUUGCUGAUGGUCGGGGAGUUACAGCUAAAGUACGGUGGGUUACGAAGCAAGAUAACGAAGGUCGGAAUAGAUGGAUCCACUGCACGCCUCUGCAAGGAAGCAAUGGCAGCAUUGGCGUUUGGAUGGUGGUGAUUGUGGAUGAAGAAACCAGCGAAAAACGAUACAAGAUGGCGCCUCCAGUCGAUCCGACAACUAGGAGCUCGAGAGCUCCGACGCCUUUUGACAUGCAAGAAGACACCAGUCUGAGGGACUUUGCCCUCAAAAAUGGCGGCCGGUCAAGGGAGCCUACCCUUAGAAACCAGUCAAGCGUCAUCAGCCAGCAUACGGUCGAUCUGGAAGGAGAUGGUAGUUUAUACAGCUUGAGAAUCUGA